UUCUUCCUUCCCCCACCCCAGCACAGGCAGCGCCAUUGCACGGCUGCCCCCUUCACAGCCCAUCCUCGACCUGGGCGCCCGGGGCCGCCGACGCGCCUCGCCUCGCCGCGCCUCUGGGGCGGGCCCCCUGGCCCCCCCCCCCCGCCUCACGGAAGGGGCUGGCCGGGGCAGGAGGGCAGAGCGAGUCCGGCGGCGGGAGCGGCGGCGCCGGCAUGGGACGGGGCGCUGCCCCGGCGGGGACCUACCUUACCAGUGUGAGAGGGGAAUCUCAUAAGCAUACUGUGGAAUUUUUGUCUGUACAUGCUACUUGAUUAUCUUUUACUGACCCACUCAAAAAGAGAGAAGUCGUUGAACAAAAGUCAUUGUUGCUUCUGCCUAAGAACUGGCUGAGUCUUAUAACACCUGCUGAAGAAGCUACCUGGACCAUUAGAAAUGGAGGAGCUUGUCCUGCAUAUCUGAUCAGCAAAGCUUUCUGCAUGGAGGACAAGAAUCAAGUUGCCUUAAAGUUAAACCAUAUGCAGGUUGCACUAAUUGUUGUAACUGUACUGCUGAUACCACUCCAGACUUCACUAGAGCUUUCCAAGGCAGUAGUUUCUCAUGUAGUUUGAAUGUUUUCAACGGACACGUGAAUGUUUGCAGGUUUUUUUAAUUAAAUCUGGUGUGGCUGUGAAAAGUGUGUGUGGGGUGAACUUUUUCCUGUUAAGUUCAUGGUGAAUUUUGAAGCCUCACUUCCAAGUGUGAUCUGUGCUAUGGCAGCAACUUACAGGCUUAUGGUCACUUCUGUGAACUGCUACAGCAGUGCAGUGAUAGACCAGCACUUUCACCACACUGUGCAUUACUGCACAGGGACUUGCCAAGUGUUUAAGCAAGGAGUUACAUGCAUAGUUGCCCAUCACAGUGUCUGUGCAGAGCUCAGUGUCCAAGAUGGCAACAUAGACCAUAAAGUUGCUGUUCCUGAAAAUGGACUGGCCUUGCCUGGAAAUGAAGACUAUCACCAAAUUCUCCCAAAUAAUCCAAGAAUCAAAAAGGGCUCUUCAGUGCAAGCCUCCAGCAGUUUAAAAGACAUUACUGGUGAGGCAAUAAACCUUGCUAGUGGUAAAAUAAAGGAGUUCUCCUUUGAAAAGCUCAAAAACUCUUCCAGUCAUGUGGCCUACAGAAAGGGAAGGAAAGUUCGAUCAGAAUCAUUCAGCAGACGAUCAUUUGAUUUUGACUUGAUUUAUGGGCACUUCAGCAAUGAUGAGAACUGCCCUCCAUGUGGCUUUUUGCAGAGUCCCUCACCUGUGGAGAAAUGGCAGGAGAGCAAUAAUGCUCCAGAAGUGACCAUGAAUCCUAUUGUUUCUUUUUCCCCUCAUUCCUUUGAAGAAAACUUCAUUACGCAGAUUUUGGAAAAGCACAAGCUAGAUGGUGGUUCUGGUGGAGAUAUUAAGGUGUGCCUAGACAUCUUGCUCAAGUGCUCAGAGGAUCUGAAAAAGUGCACAGACAUAAUAAAACAUUGCAUCAAAAAGAAGUCUGCAGACAGUGUUGGUGGAGGGAACAGCAAUGAUCCCCUGGCCAAUUCAGAAAAGAUAUAUAUGAAUCUGAUGACAAGAUUUUCUUCGUACCUGAAAAAGCUACCCUUUGAGCUCAAGCCACCAGGAAACAAGGAAGCUGGUGACUUGGCAGAACUAGUUAACUGUUUUCAUGGCUUGCAGCAAACUCCCUUUUCCCCUGUAUUUGGAGAUGAGCAGCCACCUAGGUAUGAAGAUAUUAUUCAGCUGCCAUCCUCAAGUGUGGUUCCUCUUGGACUACCAGGUGAUCAGUGUGAGGUGACAAGCACCUCUCAGUCCAUCCAAACAAGUACUGUGAGCCUUACCUCAAACUCCCUUCACAGUGUCCCACAGGAGAACAGCAUGAGAGCUGUGAAAGAAGUUUGUGCUCUACCUCAGUUACCAGCCACAAGCCCUUCUGACUGCAUGUCUUCUGCUGAGGCUCUGUACAUUGAGGAGGAGUCUGAUGGGGAAAGAACAUUACGGAAAACAAAGAAGGCAGAGCAGAAAGGGGGCUGGGAGAGUUUAGAGCGCAGCUACCAGCUAGCUGGUUGUUCAGAUUUAACUGCUGAUGCUAAAGCAGAAUGUGCCAGAGUAGGAGAUGUUGAGCUCUCCCAUGCUUCUGAGAAAAUUACUCCUUUAAAACCAGUGUCAGAGUCUGUAUUGCGUGGUUCCCAAGCUGAUGUCUCCAGAGGAGAACAGAUUUGCAGUAAGGUAGACAAGGAUGAGAUAGACAAACUGCUGCUGGACUUGGAGUGCUUCUCACAGAAAAUGGAGAGUACUUUGAGGGAACCCUCUCUAAAGGAGAACCAACCUGCCUGUUUGCAGGUGUUUGGCUGGCAGGGUAGGCAGGUACUACCUCUGGCUCUUGAACCCAAAAGUAAACCUGUUGACCCCACAUCUUCUUUGUCAAAAAUCAUGGAAACCAAUGGCCAUAAAAUGGAAGAGGAUGACAAAGCCCUUUUACUGCGUAUCCUGGAAAGCAUCGAGGACUUUGCCCAGGAACUGGUGGAAUUCCAGACAGGCAAGGGGAGCUUGUCCAAGGAGAGGGAAGUGAUGCAGAUUCUUCAGGAAACUUUAACAACUCCUUCACAGUCGCUCCUUGCAGGGCAAAAAAGCUACACUGGGGCUGCCUCCAGAGACACUGCUCCAGCUUCAAUUCAGCAGGCCCCAGAAGUGAUUAAGGUUCAAAGUAAGCAAGAGAAGAAACCUGGAACUUCAUCCCCAGUCCCUUUGAACUCUGUGGUUAGCCCUUGCACUCUUCUGCCUGUGAAUAAAGCCACCAGCAGUACCCCUUUGUCGAUAAACAUUCCACGUUUCUACUUCCCUAAAGGACUUCCGAAUAUCUGCACUAAUCAUGAAGAAAUCAUUGCCAGGAUUAAAGAAGCCUUUACAGAAUUUGAAGAUGAGAAAGCAAGCAUCUGUGAAAUGGGGAAAAUUGCUAAGAUAUGUGGCUGCCCGCUCUACUGGAAAGCACCUAUGCUCAAUGCAUCAGGAGGAGAAAGGACAGGAUGUGUAUCUGUACACUCAUUUGUAUCUAUGUGGAGAAACUGCAAAAUUUUUUCUGGAAACAUGAUAGAUGGAUGGAAAAUCCUAUGUAACUGCCAUGAUGAUGCAUCCAGAUUCACAUACCUUUUAGCGAAGCCCAGCUAUGACUACCUAGAACAGGAGGACUUUAUCCCACUGCUUCAGGAUGUGGUGGAAACGCAUCCUGGCCUGACGUUCCUGAAGGAUGCUCCGGAGUUCCAUUCCCGGUACAUUACGACGGUUAUACAGAGAAUAUUCUACACAGUCAAUCGAUCCUGGUCUGGGAAGAUCACUCUAACAGAGCUGAGGAAAAGCAACUUCUUGCAAACUCUUGCUCUCUUGGAAGAAGAGGAUGAUAUAAAUCAGAUCACAGAUUAUUUCUCCUAUGAACACUUCUAUGUUAUAUACUGUAAAUUCUGGGAGCUGGACACUGACCAUGAUCUUUACAUUAGCCAGAAGGAUCUGGCUAGGUACAGUGAUCAAGCUUUAUCAAACAGGAUUAUUGAGCGAAUAUUCAGCGGCGCUGUGGUGAGAGGCAAUGAAGUUCAAAAGGAAGGCCGCAUGAGUUAUGCUGAUUUUGUGUGGCUCCUGAUUUCGGAGGAAGACAAAAGAAGUGCUACAAGCAUUGAGUACUGGUUUCGGUGCAUGGAUCUGGAUGGGGACGGAGUGCUCUCCAUGUAUGAACUGGAGUACUUUUACGAGGAGCAGUGUGAGCGGAUGGAAGUGAUGGGCAUAGAACCACUGCCAUUUCAUGACUUGCUGUGUCAGAUGCUUGAUCUCGUUAAGCCAGAGAGGGAAGGAAGAGUAACCCUGCGAGACCUGAAGAGGUGCAGAAUGGCUCAUGUAUUCUACAACACCUUCUUUAAUUUAGAGAAAUAUCUGGACAAUGAACAGAGGGAUCCCUUUGCAGUACAAAAGGACAUUGAAAAUGAUGGCCCUGAACCCUCUGACUGGGACAGAUAUGCUGCUGAAGAGUAUGAGAUUCUUGUGGCUGAGGAGUCUGGGAAUGAGCAGUUACAAGAAGGGAGCCUUUGAAGCGUAACGCCUGCCUCCUGAUGCCCAGAUGGGAUAUACCGCUGCUGCGUUGAGGUUAGUAACUCUUCCUCAGGAUGAAAGUCUGAAAGAGAGGAAGUUUUCAGUUAUACUGGCCUUGGAGAUCUAUUCUGUUUUUCUUGAACAAAGCUGCUGCUUCAUCCAGAUUCAUAUACACACACCCCAGGAUCCUGGAUUUGAUAUUUGGGAAGCUUCUGGAUUAUUAGCAAAGGCACUGCAAGGUAACUUCUAUAGCACAAGAUGUAAGCAGGGAGCACUCUAACCAAACCAGGAUAAGCCUCUUUGAAUGCAGCAAGGACACAGGAGCAGCUCUCUUCAACACCAGGGUACUUGAAUCGCAUCUCCACAAUCACUAUAACCCCAAGGGGAAAAGCUUCACUGGGGAUGAUUCCACAACGGCCCAAAUGCAGAAGAAACUAGGAAAUGAUUGCAGAAAUAAUAUAGGAUGGAAGUCGCACAACCACUAAUUGUAACCAGCUCCGUCCACUUCUUACCUGAAAGAACAUGGGCAAAGCAGUUCACCUCUUUUCUUCACUAUCUAGGUCCAGAGUUGUCUUUUAGUUUGAUAAAAUUUUACAUCUGUCCAAAGACAAAGAUUCCUCAAAGGAACAAGAAGACCCUGACCCCAUUCUAGGCUGAAAUUGAACCUUCAUGUUAUUUCAGCAUCACUAGUUUUUAACUCCAUAAGCAGCAGUACUGGACCGUCUAGUUGCCAGUUAUGUAAAGUCUCAGUUCAGAAUACCUUAGUGAUUGUCUCUUUAAGCUUUUAACCUGAGAUAGCCCUGGCACCUCUAAGACAAGAAGCUUUUCCUAGCGCUGUACAAAAUAACACAAUAAUUCAGGCUGGAAGGGACCUCUGCAGGUGUCUAUUCCACAUGCUCCCUUCUAAGGCAGCCCAGCUUCAAAGUGAGAGCAAGUUUCUUAGUACCUCACCUAGCUGAGUUCUGAAAAAUCUCCAUAGAUAGUAAUUCUACAACCUCUCUACAUAUUACAUUUCCUCCUUCUCGCUAUGGGAGUUCAGAGCAGCAUUCUUUUCCAGGAAGGAUGUACAUUCCUGGGAAUGCACCAUUUCUUUUUCACACAAGGAGGGAGCUAGAUGAAGGACUCAAGGAGCCACCAGUUGAGCAAGUGACACCCUGUUCUCAAGCACCACAGGUGUGUUGGGAUGCAGACGCAGUCGAUGAUGUAAAGAUCUGGUACUCCAGCAACUCUUGGUGCAUCGCUGUUUUGGUUUGACAUUUCUGUUCUUGCUUGAUCAUACCUUGAGCCUACUUCUGCUGCUCCUGCUCUCUAUUCACCCACCACUUCAGGAUCUUUCAUCUUUCUCCUUGUAUGCCUUUUGCAGAGGGGCUUUAACUCAAUCCAUCGAAUCAAUUCAGGCUUCCACCUCACAACCACAUCAGUCUGCCUGAAGUGGCGCCUUUUUUUUUUUUAAGAAGUCAGUAGCCCAAGCGUGGUAAAAAACCCCACUUCCAUUUUCAAGGUUUGGCUUCACUAAACUGAGAAAGAAGUUUGCUGCUGCUCUGCUGAGCCCUUUGGCCCCCAAAUCAAGGCCAUCUCUUUUACAACCAGAGGUUCACUGCUGCUGUGACAGAAUGAUUACAAACCAAAUUACUGCUUUCUAGUAGGUCAACACAAGCUAAUCAAAGAAAAAAACACAAAAACACAACCAACUUAGAGCAAACGUUUUUUGCCUUAUAUCCAAAUAUAAGGACAAGCUACAUAAGCCACUGCUGGCGCAGUAUCAGUGAAAAACUUGCAGUAAUUUUUAUUAUUUACUCUAGGAGUAGAAAUCCGUUCUGUCUCACUAAUGAGUUUGAAAAUAAUCAUAAUUCAGCAGCCACAGAUGAAUUAGUAAAGGAGGUAUUCUACACCCCAGUUGUGACUUAGCCCUGUCCACAGCUUCUCUGGAUGGAAGGCUUCUAAAUCUGCAGUAUAUAAGCAAGGGAAAUUUGGGAACUCUUCUCCUACUUCUUAGCUUUUCUUUCUGGGACUGUCAAAACAGAGGAAGACAAGGAUGUUUGUGAAUACAGACACAAGAACCUGGUCAGCUGCAGCACACGCCAGCUUCAGAGGUCAGCAAGCUCUAGAAUGAAGUGACCCAAGAAUCACAGCACAGAAAGCUUGUAGGAGUCCACUUUGUUCUGACUUGGCCUCCUGCCUCCAACUGUCAAUGCCACUUUAGAUGUUGCAUACCUUCAAAGACAAAUGAUGCAUUUUUCAUUGUAAAUCCAGCUCAGACUGAAGGCUGUUAUGAGCUGGGUUCCUUUUUCCUUAUGAGUAGCCAGAAAAGUGAGUAGAAUUCAGUUUUGCAUGAUAAAAAAAACCAACACGUUUGUGUUUGUUCUCUCUAGUCUGCUUUUGUCUAGCAAAAUUAAGUCCUGUGUACUUACAAAACCCUUGCUUUUUAUUUUCAUAUUCACAAAUAUUCUCUCUGUAGUACUAAGAUUGGAGAUACGGCUCGAUACAACCACAUACAAUUACCGCUGGAAUGGCACUAGCUUGAUUAUUUUCUUUCUUCUAAAAUCUCAGUAGUAAUUGCUACGUUACCGUUUUCGUCAUCAAAACCCAGGCACUGACAUGCUCCCCUUCUGCCGGGCUGCCACCACGCGGCAGUGUUGCAAAACAGACAUGGACAGCAAAAAAGAAACUCCAGUCAGUCUCAGGUUUACAGAAAACAUUGUGGAAAACCUUCCUGCUCUCCUGAACUAAAGAUUUAAGAAAGCUGAUUUGAGAUACUCUAACUAAGGUACCGUGUUUAGUUUCUGAAACAAAAUAUGCCUGAAAGGCAAAAAAAAAAAGGGUCACUGAAGCGUCAUUUUAAUAGUAUGUAUUUUUGGAGUAUGGCGUUUUAAAUCACAGCAUCUUAGGUCUAUGCAAUCAAAACUGAACCUCAGUAAAGAGCAUGAGCUACUCUAAGAAAAACACGUAAACAGCGCUUACCCUUUUGUUCUAUUCUUUCCUCCAUAUACUGGGUGAUGGUCUUAGAAACUGAGUUUUUAAUAAUAAAGGUUCUCAUUCUUUGUAAAAGUAGUUUGGAGAAAUUUUGUGCUGGCAUGGUUUUAUCUUUGUAUUUUUACAUUGUAUUUUCUUUUUUUGGCAAAUAAAGGACUUUUGAAUUUAAAAAGUAAAA